AGGCGAUAUCGUGAGCACUCUCCUGAGCGCCGCUUCUUAUUGACUGGCUGAUGGUGGGCUGUGUGUGUGUGUGUGUCUGGUGGUCACCGCCUACUUCGAACACAGUUCUUGAGCGUGAAAGUUGACUUGAGACAAAAUAAAAGCCGAUGUAAGACUGGCAGUGCUCGGGCGCAGUGUUGGUGUCAAACAGCCGCUAGGGUCUGCCGUGCCGCGGACAUGUCCGCCGGCUCACGGAGUGGGUGAGGCGGUCUCUAGCCUCAGUCUGGACUGGCCGUGCUAGCUGGAGCCAUAACCAUCAGCCGAGCGGGGACUGUGGGGUUUUUAUAUGCGGUGGAGCCCAUCCCCACUGUGCCGCGAAAUGCUACAUCCCCUGUGCGUUUACCAGCCCACACACACUCGAGAAAACCCAGCCGUCUUUAUUCUAGAGGCAGUGAGAGAUGACGGCGAGGAGAGACGCUUCCCAGCCGCUCUACAGCUCUCGCCUCCAGGAGAGGAAGGGAGCGGCGGACCAGGCGAAAGCUAACCCCGAUUGGUUUUAUCCCUCCCCUCGACAGGAGCCGGAGAAAGGGCCGGCGUCCGCGCCGGGGAUCCAUGCCCAUGUGGUGGGGGCUGUCGCCGGCUCCGUGGCUGCGGACGAGUCCUCUGACAGCGAAGCAGAGCAGGAAGGCCCACAGAAACUGAUCCGGAAAGUGUCCACCUCAGGACAGAUCAGGAGCAAGACGAGUAUAAAGGAGGGAUUGCUGCUGAAACAGACGAGCUCCUUUCAGAGGUGGAAAAAACGCUACUUCAAACUGAGGGGCCGAACUCUCUAUUAUGCCAAAGAUGCCAAGUCCCUUAUCUUCGAUGAGGUGGACCUGUCAGAUGCCAGCGUUGCAGAGUCCAGCACAAAGAAUGUCAACAACAGUUUCACAGUGAUCACUCCGUUCCGCAGGCUCAUCCUCUGUGCCGAGAACAGGAAAGAGAUGGAGGACUGGAUCAGUUCGCUGAAGUCCGUCCAAUCCAGAGAGCACUACGAGACAGCACAGUUUAAUGUGGAACAUUUCUCAGGGAUGCACAACUGGUACGCCUGCUCCCAUGCACGGCCCACCUUUUGCAACGUCUGCAAAGAUAGCUUGUCCGGGGUCACGUCACACGGCCUCUCCUGUGAAGUGUGCAAAUUCAAAGCCCAUAAACGCUGUGCUGUCAGAGCCACUAACAACUGUAAAUGGACCACCCUGGCUUCUAUAGGGAAGGAUAUUAUUGAGGAUGAGGAUGGGAUUGCCAUGCCUCACCAGUGGUUGGAAGGCAACCUGCCGGUCAGUGCCAAGUGUGCCGUGUGUGAUAAGACGUGUGGCAGUGUGCUGAGACUGCAGGACUGGCGCUGCCUCUGGUGCAAAGCUAUGGUGCACACAGCCUGUAUGGACCUGUACCCCCGCAAGUGUCCUCUAGGUCAGUGCAAAGUCUCCAUCAUCCCCCCUACGGCGCUCAACAGCAUUGACUCAGAUGGCUUCUGGAAGGCCACCUGUCCCCCAUCGUGUGCUAGUCCCCUCCUCGUGUUUGUCAACUCGAAAAGUGGUGACAACCAGGGAGUGAAAUUCCUGCGACGCUUUAAGCAGCUUCUCAAUCCGGCUCAAGUCUUUGACCUGGUCAACGGUGGGCCUCACCUUGGUCUGCGCCUGUUUCAGAAGUUUGACAACUUCCGGAUCCUGGUGUGUGGAGGUGAUGGGAGUGUGGGCUGGGUGCUCUCAGAGAUUGACAAACUAAAUCUUCACAAACAGUGCCAGCUGGGGGUGUUGCCCUUAGGCACGGGCAAUGAUCUGGCACGCGUCCUGGGCUGGGGCCCAUCGUGUGAUGACGACACACAGCUGCCACAGAUCCUGGAGAAGUUGGAGAGAGCAAGCACCAAGAUGCUGGACCGCUGGAGCAUCAUGACCUAUGAGAUUAAGAUCCCACCCAAACACAGCUGCCCCACCACGCCUGAGGGAGCUGACAACUGCCAGUUUCACAUUUCAGCUUAUGAAGACUCAGUUGCUGCUCACCUCACUAAGAUCCUUAACUCUGAGCAGCACUCUGUGGUCAUCUCCUCUGCCAAGAUCCUGUGCGAAACGGUCAAGGAUUUUGUUGCCAAAGUGGGGAAAGCCUAUGAAAAGAGUGCAGAGAACGCUGAGGAGUGUGACACAAUGUCUCUGAAAUGUGCCAUCCUGAACGAGAAACUGGACUCCCUCCUCCAGACCCUCAACACGGAGUGCCAGGCUCUACCUCAACAUCCCCACUCCACACCUCCCAUUGUGGAGGAGGAGCAGGAGGAGGAGGAAGAGGAGGAGGCCAGCGAGGAGAGCCUGACGGAGCUGAAGGAGAAGCUGGAGGAGGAGGAGACAGAGAAAGGACACCAGCUGUUCAAAAGCAGGGAGCAGCUUAUGCUCAGGGCCAACAGUCUGAAGAAAGCUGUGCGACAGAUCAUAGAACAGGCUGAGAGAGUGGUUGAUGAGCAGAACGCCCAUACAGAGGAAACUGAGCUGCCCUCUCCCCUGGAGUUCAGAAAGGACAGCGAGGAGGAGAACAGAGACAGUGAGAAGGAUGAGGAUACCAAGGAACUGGAAGCAGUACCAUCUGCUAAGAGUCCCUGUUCGCCGACGGAGAGGAGGGUGAGCCGCAGCACCCAGUCCUGUGGCUCCUUCACCAUCACCCCCUUCACCACCAGCAAGGAGAACCUCCCUGUGCUCAACACACGCAUCAUCUGUCCUGGCUUGCGGGCAGGUCUGGCUGCCUCUAUCGCUGGCAGCUCCAUCAUUAGCAAGAUGCUGCUGGCUAACAUUGACCCCUUCGGUGCCACACCCUUCAUUGACCCCGACCUCGACUCCCUAGAGGGCUACAUGGAGAAGUGUGUGAUGAACAACUAUUUUGGCAUUGGCCUGGAUGCCAAGAUCUCCUUGGAGUUCAACAACAAGCGAGAGGAGCAUCCAGAGAAAUGCAGGAGUCGUACCAAGAACAUGAUGUGGUAUGGUGUGUUGGGCACGAAGGAGCUUCUGCAGAGAACCUACAAGAACCUGGAGCAGAAGGUCCAGCUAGAGUGUGAUGGCCAGUACAUCCCCCUGCCCAGCCUUCAGGGGAUCGCAGUGUUAAACAUUCCUAGCUACGCAGGUGGGACCAACUUUUGGGGCGGCACCAAGGAGGAUGAUAUCUUCUGUGCCCCAUCAUUUGAUGACAAGAUCCUCGAAGUUGUGGCUGUCUUUGGGAGCAUGCAGAUGGCUGUGUCCAGAGUCAUUAAACUGCAGCACCACCGCAUAGCACAGUGUCGAACUGUGAAGAUCACUAUCCUGGGUGAUGAGGGGGUUCCCAUUCAAGUGGAUGGUGAGGCCUGGAUUCAACCGCCUGGAGUCAUCAAGAUCCAGCACAAAAACAGAGCUCAGAUGCUCACCAGAGACCGGGCGUUUGAGAACACAUUGAAGUCGUGGGAGGACAAACUGAAGUAUGAUAAGCCUCCUUUGAGGCCUCACCUCUACCCACAGCAGUCUGUGGAUCUGGCUACAGAGGAGGAGGCCGCCCUGGUGCAGAUGUGCGCCCGGGCUGCCGAGGAGCUCAUUACGAGGAUAUGCGAGGCUGCAAAGACCAAUGGGCUUUUAGAGCAGGAGCUGGCUCAUGCUGUUAAUGCUGCUUCCCACGCCAUCAACAAAACACACCCGAAGUUCCCAGAGAAUCUGACCAGGAACACAGCUAUAGAGGUGGCCAGCACUGUCAAGGCUCUGUACAACGAGACAGAGUCUCUUCUGUUGGGCCGAGUCUCUCUGCAACUGGACCCGCCAGAGGAGGAGCAACUGUCCAAUGCUCUGCAGAGUUUGGAGUUGGAACUGGGCAAACUGGGAGAGAUCCCCUGGCUCUACCAUAUACUGCAGCCAAAUGAUGAGGAGGUUGACUGUGCUUAUGUACCAGGACCACUCACUGGGUUACGGCAAGAGGAACAGUCGCAGCAGCAUGUUUCGAAUAGUGCCCAAGUUCAAGAAAGAGAAGGCCGCCAAGAAGACGAGUCCUCAGUCAGUGGAGAGAUGGGGCACGGAGGAGGUGGGCGUCUGGCUGGAACAGCUGAGCCUGGGGGAGUACAGAGACACAUUCAUCCGACACGACAUCAGAGGCUCGGAGCUACUUCACCUGGAGAGGAGAGACCUGAAGGAUCUGGGGAUAUCGAAAGUGGGUCAUAUGAAGAGAAUUCUCCAGGGAACUAAGGACCUGGCCAAGGCCUCCAUGGUUGACCUCUAACCUGAAAGCAGAUAUCACCAGAGAGGGGAAACAAAAAUCUCCAUUACAUCAGUGGAGCAGUUUGGAAGCACCAUAGACAAUGGAGGAGAGGAUAGGUAUUCAAGGAGAGUUGGAUUUUAUCCCUCUUCUUAGAAAACCUUUGUGAUGUUGUUAACAAGAUACGUUCAUGUGUUUGUUUGUGCUUUGGUGCCAAAAUGAGAGUUAAGAACGCUGAUGGAAGUGCAAAAGGAAGUCACGGAUUUUCACAAUAUAAGCCAUUUCUAAGUUUAUAUCCAUUCAUAGCACACAAUCAGGUAUGCAACUAACCAUACUCUUGACAGUUGACUUGUCUGAGUUAACAAACUAGUAGCUAAACCAGGACUUCCAUCAGUGUGGGAUUAAGUUUCAGUUUAGUUCAGUAUGCAUUCAAAUGUGAUGUUUGCUGGAUCUCUGCCUCACUUUCCAGAAGUGGAGAUGCGUUUGAGGGAGGUUUCAGUAGCACCGCUGCUCAGUCCAGACAGGGAAGAUACAUUUGUAACAUCACAGACAAGGUGGUAAUCUGGAAGGUGUGGGAUACUGUCGCAUGCUGUGCUUGCUCAAUUUUAGAUAUGUUUAAUUGCAUGAUUAAUGUCUUGAUUUUUUUGUGUGCAAAAUAACACUUGAACAAGUUUUACAUGACUUUAGUAUUAUGAUGCCAUUUGUUACUACUGAAAGCAUCCCUUUUGGUCUAAAUCCAACUUUUUUCUAGCUUUAAUUUAUUUUGUUUGCAUGACAAUGAUGUGUCAAAGAUUUUUUGUCAAGUGCCAUAUUUUGAGUCAUUUAAAAAAUGUAAAAUGUGCUUUAUUGGUAGACAUCAUAAGAAGUUUUUUGAUGAGGUAUGAAUAUAUGGAAUUAAUAUCUGUAAGUUGACACGUUCUCUGUGGAAGUGAAAAUCAGUACCAAAGUGAAUGUCUGAGAAAAAAACAUGAUCACCUGAUGGAUUUGUUCCGAUUGCACCUCUUAAUUUAAUAAACCAGUAGGUCUUAGGUCGUAAAUCCAUUUAAAGUGGGAUGAAGGAUUAGUGUUAGUCAGGAAGGAAGUCAAAUUGUUGGUCUGAAGCCAACCAUAGAUACUGUAGGGUUGUUGAGUUUUUUAAGGAAUACUUAAAAAGCACUUUUAAAUUCUUGCGUCAUGCAAGUGCAAAUUCUCAUAUCAUUACAUCGGAUUAACGGUUCACCUCAACUUUUUAACUUCAGUCAAUUUAUCACAGUAUUUAACACUAAUGAGAAUAGGCGUUAGAUAUCAGUUCUGAACAUGUAAUAGAGCAGUUGAUCUGCGGUCUGCAUAGCAUUGUUCAAGUGCAGCUUUUUGUUUCUUCAAUCGUAAGUUAGGCGUUGAUAGGACUUUACUUUUUCUUUACUUUAGUUUCUUUUAAGACUGGUGGCAUUACAGGGUAUAUUUCUAUUUGUGAUGCUAAGUUUGUAUAUAUACAUAUGCACUGUAUAUACAGUAUACCAGUGUAUGCAGACAAUGUUUGUAAGUGUUGUAGUCUAAUGCAUUUGUAGAUUUCUGACAUGGCAUGCAUUGUCGACAGCUUACACAUCUGAUUGUGUAUAUUACACCAUAACAAUUGUGUAUUGUUGAUUUGGUUCUAAUCUCUUGUAUAUGAUAAUGCUGUUGUAUUCUAAUGAUGGUGCAAUAUUUUAUCUCUUGUUUUGAUACUGUCUCUGCAGCUUUCUGACAUGAUGUUUCUCAGUGGGGAGAAAACCUUGAAAGAGUUUUUUUGUACACAUACUUCCCCUCAAGAUUUGGGGAUUAGAUUUUAAAAAUUAGACCCGUAGACAGACUGCUCUUUCCUACCAACUCAAAAUUUCUUCCAGCGGUUCACUAGUUUGUAGUUUGGCUCCUCUGUGCUUCCAAGAUGAUACACUAAAGUAGGACUGUGUCAAUGAAUGAGUAGAGUGGGCAGACAUGACUGUUGUGUUAAUAUGUAUUAUGUAUCACAAUGUAUUUGUGUGUGUUUGAGUGUGUCUACUACAACAGUGGCAUAUUGUACUUUAUCAGCAAUUGUAUGCUUUACCAUUGCCAACUAAUUUUAUCAUUUAAUAUCUAUCAUUUAGUUUCCCUCUUUGGAUAAUAUUUUGUCUGUUGGUUUUAAUUCUUCAGACUAAUAUGUGUUCUGUUAAGAAUUAGUUUUAAAACCUACUUUUUUGUUUUAAUCAUUUCUGAAUGCUUACAAUUAUCAAGGCAAACUGUUUUGGUAACACUUUACAAUAACCAUCAUUAAUACCUGGUCAGUUUAUAGGUAAUUAAACUUUGGUUGAUAGUAAUUUCACUGUUAAUAAUCAAAUGCUUUUUUAACCUUUGAUUAAGCAGUUGUCUUUUGUAAAGUUGUGACUUCCACAAUUCAAGAAACUCAACAAAUUGUUCAGAGGCUUGUAAAGACCCUCAUAGGUCUCCCUGUUCACGUAACAUUACAGUCCGCUCACAUAUGGCCAUUAAAAAGUGAUUGAUACAUUUAAAUUGCCAUAAAAUGUUUCAUAGAGCCCCUUUAAUAAAUGCUGUGUACUUAGCGAUUAUAAAGUUGCAAGAGAUGAUUAUAAACCGUUAUCAUUACUUAAUAACUUGUUGAUGAAGCAUUUCAUUGAGAUUAACAGUGAAAUAACUAUGACCUAUACAUUUAAAAAUAAAUACCAUUUAUUAAUGAUGUUUAUUAUAUGGUGUAGGCCACGUUUUGACCAAGUAUCCUAAAUAAUGUUAGAAUGGGAAUGAAUCAGAGGCUGAAUUGGCAGUAAACAUGUGUUAUCGCUACAGUCCCAACAGAGGGCGACCUAUUACAUCUAACAUCUACAGACCCUGACUAUGUCAAAGAGUAUCACUUGGCUGUUGCUUAUGACAACAAUCAGUUGUGUCACACUACUGUGUUCAGUAUGCUGUCCUUAUGCGCAUAGGCAUGCAGAAAUCAAUCAGCCUGUGAAUCACAUUCUAAUUCAAGAUUUUUUUCAUCCACACACUAGUGUUGAUCCUGCAACUCACAGCCAAAGAUAGGUAAUAUUAUGUGCAAAACAUCAGAGAUUUGUUCCCAUUUUAUUGCACCUGACUGAAGAUCAUUUAACCUCAUGGAUGGAAAUCAGCCUAUAUUUAUUUAGUUCUUUGUUAACUUUGUGAUGACAUUUGGCCUUUCGCUAGCCAGAAGCUCUGGAUGUAGCAUCCACUGAAUCUCACGCGUUUUGGCCCCAGACACCAGGUGAGAGGAUGCUUGACCUUUCCAUACAAAGUGGAAGUAGCCACCUUUCUCCCUUGCUGUGUUUUCCAGUGGUCUGUAAAUAAUGCUGCAAACUGCCUGGUUUUCAGAAACCAACAAAACCCAUGCAAGGAUCUCAGAAAGACAGGAUAACAUAUAGUCUUUGACGUGGUUCCUAAAGUGAUGGGAGAAAAGUGAGUUUCAUUUGUUUACAUUAUGUUUACAAUGGCACAGUUUUAAUUUGUAAGAAUAUAUAUGUAGGUAUAAACAAUAUUUGCAUAUUUAUUGCCUAAGGUUAAAUGAUAUGAUGUGUAUUGUGUUUUCACAUUUGGAAUAUAAUGUUACAGUUGUCACCUGUAUUACUAUCUGGAUGAUUUUGGUAAAGUAGUUGAUCAUUUUUAUGACUACUAAGUGACUGUUUUCUGUGCCUUUUUAUGGUUAGAGUGCAUGGUUAACUAUUUAUUACAAUUUGGAGUCACUGAGAUGUGUAUUUUUGUAUUCUGAAUAAAUAAAUGGUUCAGCUUUUGUUGUACAUUUUUAAGGUGCCUUAAAAUAGGCUACCUGUUCAUAUCUCUCUUCUUCAAUAAAACCAAAUACAUAUGCAGUA